AUGACGUCGAUCAAAGCUCGUAAAUCUGAUGGACCGAUAAAUACAUCUAUCUUGGGAACUGGAAUGUCAUUAUUGGUAUUUCAUCAACCAUCGAUAUCAUUCUUACCGGAUCAGUUCAUCUUGAGAUCGAUAUAUGAACGUACACCUCGUGGUAGACUUGAAUCGCUUCAAGAGGAAGGAAAGCUAGAUGGAGUCAAAAUCGUUCGAUCUUUAAAUGAAGUGAUGAAUGAUGAAGAGAUAGAAUUGGUGGUUAUCAGUACACCUAAUAAUACUCAUUUUGAAUAUGCCAAAAAAGCGUUGGAGAAUGGUAAACAUGUACUCAUCGAGAAACCAGUUUGUCCAACUGUGGAAGAAGCUACGAAAUUAUACGAGAUUGCAGAAGAAAAAGGUUUGAUCAUUGGAGUUUAUCAAAACAGAAGAUGGGAUAGUGAUUUCUUGACUUUAAAACAAUUGUUGGAUUCCGGUAAACUUGGCCCAAUAUCAGAGAUGACAUCUUCUUUCGAUAGGUUUAGACCAUUACCAUCAACUUAUACACCUGGAGUGAACUGGAAAGAAACUCCAGGCGAAUCCAAUAACGCGAUAUACAAUUUAGGUAGUCAUUUGAUUGAUCAAGCCGUUGUCUUAUUCGGUCAACCUGAAAAAGUUCAAGGUAGAGUAUGGGAUCUAAGAGGUAUUGGAAUGGAUGAAAACUUCGUCGUGGAUUUAUAUUAUCCAGCAACACCACCGUCAAAAUCGCCACAAAAGAUAAUCACCUUACGAGCAUCGAUCUUAUCUCCUUUGCCAUGUCAAUUGAGGUAUUUAGUAAAAGGAUCAAAAGGCACUUAUAUCAAAUAUAUCUUACCUUCUUCUCAUCCUUCUUUAAAAGACUCAGAGACUCCUGUCGAUCAUGAAGGGUUCAAAGCUGAGCCUGAACCGGGUUGGGGUACUUUGUAUUUUGCAAAAGAAGAGAAAGACGGCGCAGAGUUCAAUGAAGAGAAGGUGCAAGCGCUCAGUGGUGAUUAUAAAGGACUUUAUCAGAAUCUUUAUGAUACCAUCAACGGGGCCGAUAGAGCCAUACUGAAAGUCAAAAAGGACGAAGUACUGAGUGUUCUCAGGAUCAUCGAAUUGGCUAGGCAAAGUUAA